AUGACUGUGAUUAAAAAUAUUGUCAUAUGUGGCAGCGGAUGUGGUGAAGCUGAAAAUGGUCCAGUCACAAAAUCAAAUACAGAAAAUGGAACUGAAUACAAAGUGUACCCUAUUCGAUGGCUCGUUCUGGCAAUAUUUGUUUUAUAUUCAGCCAGUAACGCAAUGCAAUGGAUUCAAUACAGUAUAAUUCAAGACACAGUCGUCAAAUAUUAUGGAGUAUCAGAUCUGGCGGUCUACUGGACGUCAAUGGUUUAUAUGCUCGUGUAUAUUCCCCUCAUUUUUCCUGCUAGCUAUCUGUUGGAUAAAACUAAUCUUCGUGUAACGACCUUAAUCGGAUCUUUUGGGAAUUGCGCUGGCGCAUGGCUAAAAGUUAUGUCUGUUCGCCAGGACUUGUUCUGGCUUAGUUUCUUGGGGCAGACAGUUUUAGCAUUUGCACAAGUAUUUGUGUUGAGUAUACCACCGCGACUAGCAGCUGUGUGGUUUGGCGCUGAUCAGGUUUCAUCUGCUUGUAGUAUUGGUGUUUUUGGAAACCAGCUAGGUGUUGCUGUGGGUUUCCUGAUAACUCCGAUGAUAGUAAGGGCACAAGGAUCCAUUGAACAAAUCGGAGAAGAUUUCAAGUUUCUUUUUUAUCUUGUGGCUGGCAUCACGACACUACUCUUUGUGCUUAUCGUCUUAUUUUUUAAGGCGGCGCCUCCGACACCACCAUCAUCUGCCGCUGAAAAAUGUGCAGCCAUGGACUCCAACUUUCUUCAAUCUCUGAGAAAAUUAGCCACAAACUGGAACUACUUACUAUUACUAAUAUCCUAUGGUCUGAAUGUAGGAGUGUCCUAUGCUAUAGCCACACUACUCAAUGAAUUAGUGUUGAGAUACUAUCCAGGUGCAAACGAAGACGCGGGUCGUAUUGGCCUCGUGAUCGUAGUAGCUGGAAUGCUGGGAUCCUUAGUAUGUGGAAUUUUCAUUGAUAAGACUCAUCGGUUUAAGGAGACAACGCUAACUGUUUAUGCAGCUUCAGCCGUGGGCAUGCUUAUUUUCACGUUUACUCUCGACUGUGGGUACAUUGGUGUAGUGUACUUUAGUAGUAUUUUUUUGGGGUUCUUCAUGACCGGUUACUUGCCAGUUGGGUUUGAGUUUGCAUCUGAAGUCACUUAUCCGGAGCCGGAAGGAACAACUUCUGGCUUGCUAAAUGCCGGUUCACAGGUUUUCGGGAUUAUAUUAACCCUUCUUUUCGAGUGGUUACUGGGCAAAUUCGGUGAUCGCUGGGCCAAUUUGUCCAUGUUCAUAUUGCUCGCAGUGGGCACCGUAAUUACAGCGGUCAUCAAGUCUGAUUUGCGACGGCAGGCAGCGGAAAAGAAAACUUGA